AUGGCCGAGGAUAUUCGCACACUGGUUGCGCAAUACUUUGAAUUGGUGGAUCCGGCACAAUUGGCCAUUCCACAUGGCAACGUUCUUGUGCGCAAUGCCACACAGGCAGCUCUUUAUGAGCGCAUGUUCCAUGAAUCCCUCACCCCACUGCCACCUGCUAGUUACCGAGCAAGGGUGCUGAAGCUGAUACUGGCGCGGAUCGAAGAGUCGAUCAGUGAUCCAGAUGAAGAUGAAAUCUUAGAUGACCUCAUAGAAUGCUGGGGCAACCUCGUCUCCCAGCCCAAACCGACCGCUCUCCAACAGGCCCAAGAACUUUCUCACAUUAAAUACACUACCCCGCUCCAGUCUCCACCGUCCCCUUCAGAGCGCGAGGUCAUUAUCAUCGAAUCUCGUGGCCUCAUUCUCUCCGGUGGCACCACCGGCAACCGCACCUGGGAAGCAGCGCUACAUCUCGGUUCAUUCCUUGCCUCACCUACCGGUGAAGCCCUCGUGCGCGGGCAGCGUGUGAUCGAACUUGGUGCGGGCACGGGCUUCCUGUCACUGCUCUGUGCCCGGCACCUCGGUGUGCAGGGCGUCGUCGCGACAGACCGAGAGCCCGUUCUAAUCGAGAACAUGCGCAACUGCAUAGACUUGAACCUUCAACCCAGCACCAACUCCUCCGCAUCCCUCCCCUUCUACCCUGCUAUCUGGGACUGGGGCACGCCGUUGGGUGUGACAGGGGAGCUCGCGCCGUUCGUAGAAAAUGGCGGACUGAGAUUUGAUAUUGCGCUUGGUGCUGACCUGAUCUACGAUGCCGACCUAGUCCCCCUGCUCAUCUCCACCGUGCGCGAUCUAUUCGAAAACUACCACGUCAAGCAAUUCAUCAUCGCCGCCACGCUUCGCAACGAGAACACAUUCCAGACUUUCCUCGACGCAUGUGGCACGGCCUCCUUCAACGUCGAACAGCUGCCCUUUGCGUCGACGCCGUCCAAAGACCAAACAGGCUUCUUCCACUCGACGCGCAUCCCCAUCCGCACAUACCGAAUCGAGCGCAAGACGUGA